AUGUUGCGUCGAGUGUGCUGUCAGAGGAGCGGGUUUGAAUCUGCGGUCUGCACGCUUGGACGCGCCGCACCAAUCAGCGCGCACGUGUGCCUUUUUCUGCUCGGCUGCGUCACCGUGGCGCCUGGCGGUCUGGGAGCACGCUCCCAUACUGCCCACGGCCUCUACUGCCCACGGCCCCUACUGCCCACGGCCCCUGCUGCCCACGGCCUCUACUGCCCACGGCCCCUAAUGCCCACGGCCCCUACUGCCCACGGCCCCUACUGCCCACGGCCCCUACUGCCCACGGCCCCUAAUGCCCACGGCCCCUACUGCCCACGGCCCCUAAUGCCCACGGCCCCUACUGCCCACGGCCUCUACUGCCCACGGCCCCUAAUGCCCACGGCCCCUACUGCCCACGGCCCCUAA